GGCCGUUCCAAUUCCAAGGACUAUUCAAAACCCAUGGUGAAGGUCCUGGUGAAGACAAUGCUCACUGUGGCCACCCAGUAUCAGACAGGCGCCAUCUCAAAUGCCAUCGACUACGACUUCCUUCGCCUUCUGCUGCACGGUGUGGCCGUCGACCCCGACGCCUCGAUUCGUGUCUUUGUGCAGAAGAUCCUUCACGCCCUUAUCGACCGGCAUGGAAACGGACCCCGUCUCCUGAGCGUCAAGUAA